AACGGCCUGGACACCAUGCGGCCGCCCUGCGCCCGGAGCGCCGAGAGAAAGGGGAGCCCGCGGGCCCGGGGUCGGGCUCCGCCGGCGUGCCCCAAGGUCCAGGCCACGGGCUCCGCAGCGGAGAGGGCAGCGGGCCAACACCUCCCCCAGGGCUCAGCUGUGAGCUCCCAGGCCUAGGUGCCCAUGACCCCUAUGCUGACCAUCGCCUGGACACUGCCAAGGCCACCGCGAGCUCACGCCACCGCCAGGGCCAAAUGCCGGUCAUGCCCAUUCCCCGGCGGGUGCGCUCAUUCCACGGCCCACACACCACCUGCCUGCACGCGGCCUGUGGGCCCCUCCGUACCUCCCACCUGGCCCGCACCAAGUACAACAAUUUCGAUGUCUACAUUAAGACGCGCUGGCUCUAUGGCUUCAUCCGCUUCCUGCUCUACUUCAGCUGCAGCCUCUUCACAGCGGCACUCUGGGGCGCGCUGGCCGCCCUCUUCUGCCUGCAGUACCUGGGUGUUCGUGUCCUGCUGCGCUUCCAGCUGAAGCUGUCGGUGCUGCUGCUGCUGCUGGGCCGCCGGCGCGUGGACUUUCGCCUGGUGAACGAGCUGCUGAUCUCCGGCAUCCACGUGACCAUGCUGCUGGUCGGGGGCCUGGGCUGGUGCUUCAUGGUCUUUGUGGACAUGUGAGGGUGCUUUCCGUGCUGGCCUGUGGCUGUUAUGCUCUGGGUGGGGCAGAAAGGGCCCUUUUCCCCACAGGCAAGGUCCCCAGUGCAGGAGUGAAGAGGUGCUGCCCAUGCAGGGGGAAGAGCUGAGACUUCUGUGACAGGGACACGGGCACCAUCCUCAUGCUGGCUUUCUGCACUGAUCCUCUCCGUGUGGGGGGCAGUGUCUCUUGUGACCACCUGCUGGUUGCUGCUGCUUGCACUUUUUCAGGUUGUACUAGAGGGUGGCCUGUCUUUAUCGACUGCCUUCAUGUGGCCCCCACCCCCACCCCCCAUCCUCCCUACAGGACGUCAUCUGGUGGUGACUUCUGGCGUGACCAGUGGCUUGGGAGACCCCUGGAUACAGAGGGAUCUGCUAUCUAGAAUCAAAUCUGGAGGGGAACCCUCCUGGCCAUACAGUCUCCUUUCUGCGCAUCCCUGGUCUUGGCCCCAGCCUCAGGGACAAGGGGGCUUCACUAGCUGCUAUACCACACUGCCACCAAGCUGUUUACUCUGCGCUGGGCCACAUGAGUCCUAGCAGAGUCCAAAGACCAGUCUCCUCUCUCACCCUGAGGAGCCAUGUGGGGAGCCUCACAGGGGCUCCAUCUCGAGGGGAUCUUGGCAGGUUCCUAGCUUAUGGGCCAGCCCCAGGAGCCAGGGAGCCAGCUCCAGAGCAGACUGAGGUAGGGCUGUUGAGAAUGUUUAGCUGAUGCUGUAAAUCUCUUUGAAUGUGAAUAUCUGGGGAGGCAACCCAAUUCCUUUUUAACUUGGGGAGGAGGCUUUGGUCCUCUCCAAGAAAACACCCAGAAUGGAGAAGUGCGUCUUAAGCAUCUGGAUCAGACAUCAGAGGCCUCUAUGAGGAGCAGCAACUGAGAGAGCCACAGUUAACGUGAGCAGAUGAUGCAGGAGGCCCAAGUGCAUGUCCAGUGGAGCACACACUGAAAUCCAGGGCAGGAGAAGGGCACUGUGGCCCCUCUCAGUAGUAGUCAAGGCAUCUGGGGUGUGAAAAGCCAAAGUGUGUGGCCAGGGCUGGUGGGCCUGAAAGGGGCAGAGGGCCCAAGUUCAGGAAGAGUGGACACACCUGGGACCCAGGGGCUCUCACCAGUCCCCUGGCUUUGACCCAUUGCAGGCAGAGACACAGGCUGUGUGGGAGAGUAUGUGGGGCCCAGUGCAGAGGAUGACACAUAAGCCAACACUUGCUUCACCCCAAAUUGUCCUCCCUCAAGGAUCAGUGGUAGCCCGGUUGACCCUGCCCUGCCAGGUAGACCAGUGGCCAGGUCGUGAUUAGGACAGUGUGUGCCACUGGAAAACAGAAAAACCCAAAUCAGGUAGAGAAAGCAAAAAGUCCUUGGCUGCAACUGUGCCAUUCAGUUUGUAGCCGGCUUCUGUCCGACAGUCUUCCCACUCGAGGUAGGCAGGCCGGCCCUGUGGAAGGCAGCUGCCUCGCUCCUGGGCAGGUUGGCAAGGAGCUUACCCGAGUGGACCCCCUUCUUGCUGCAGAGAAUCUUUUGCACUAAAUCAUGCUAUUUCCUCUAAGAAGCUUUGUUUCUGUUAACUCUUGUUACUCAGAGCCACUGAAGCCCCUUCACUGAGGGUAAGGGUGGGUGUGCACAGGGCUGGGGUGACGGGGGUCCGGCUGUGCCGCCUACAACAUGAACAUGCGCUGCAAGGAGUUGGAGGCCCCUCGCCCACACUGCACACCCAGCUGGGUGCCUGUGAAGUUCUUUAUGAGAUGAACCACCUGCAUUAAACCUAUUUUCUUAACGUA